AUGGCUUCAAGUGUUGUUAAAAUCUUAGUUAACACGCAGUCUUGGUCCGAUCAGGUGAAUUCGUCCCCAGAACUCCAGUUGUUACUUCCGGAAGAAAAAUCGCAAGUAAAACGAUACUAUUUCGCCAAAGAUGCGAAUAUGGCGAUGGCUUCCAUGCUCGUGAAGCGGCAGGUACUUGCUACACUUUUCUGUACAAAACCAGACUCUGUGCGGAUAAGUAUAGCCGAAAAUGGACGUCCAUAUUACUCCAAAAAAGUUUCCGAAAACACCGAUUUCGAUUUUAAUGUGUCUCAUUAUGGCGGUAUGGUAGUAUUCGUGGGUAUUUGGAUUUCCAAGAAUAGUCCAAUUUCGACGCAAAGUCCACGCAGCAUUGGUGUAGACAUAGUUGAGUGCAAAAGCCUAAGUGACGAACCCAACUGGAUGGACGAUUUUGAAUUCGUAUUCAAUCGGGAACAGUGGACACAGGUUUUCUCCUCCGGCGAUCGUUUGGCAGCUUUUUUUCUCUUUUGGGCUUCUAAAGAAGCCGUGUUAAAGUCACUUGGAUUGGGACUUCAUGGUGACCCUGCUCUCGUUGAAUUACAAAUUCCGGUGUUUCAAGAUUUCGUAUGCGGCAGCAACAUACAUGCGUUGCGUGCUGGAACCGCUUCCUAUGCUAAGAGCAGAUUUCAAUUAGAAUUGCAGAAAUUAAAUAUUAAUGGAUCUGUAUUUUUCAUUGCGAUUGCUUAUCCUGCCGACCUUGAAGUUUUAGAGUCCGAUUGGCUAGAGGUGUCAAGUCUUUCUACAGAUCAUCUUCAACAAAAAAUCAUCGAAAAAUUUAAUUACAAUACUAUGAAAUUUUAG